UUGUCGGCGCAGAUCUUUGGUCAUAAUUCAUUUCUUUGUGUCGUGACGUUUUUAUUUGGAUUUUUUCUUUGGACUAUUAAAAAAUUAUAAAUUUUCAUACAAAAUUCACGCCAAAAAUUUGCAAUAAUAAUAAAUAUCUUUUAUUUACCAUUAAUUGCUAUAAAUAUUCUACAAAAACUUAAUACAAUUUAUGCAUGAGCCAUAAAAAUUGCACUUGAAAAAAAUAGAAAGUAAACAAAAGCCGUCAGAAAAUAUUUUUUCGUUGGCAAAAGAAAAAAAAAAAACAGGAAAGUCUCAGAGUGGGCUGUGUACGGUUGUGGGUAAGUGGGAGAAAGGAAGAAAAAACACAACACAUCUUGGGGUAAGGUUGAAAAACUUGAAGUAAACUACAGAAAAAAAUGGCUGGCUCAGCUUUAAGAAGACUUAUGGCAGAAUAUAAACAAUUGACUUUGGACCCACCGGAAGGUAUUGUGGCCGGUCCCGUUAGUGAAGAUAACUUUUUCGAAUGGGAGGCUUUAAUAGCAGGCCCCGAAGGCACUUGUUUUGAGGGUGGCGUUUUCCCUGCCCGCUUAAUAUUCCCGCCAGAUUAUCCCUUAAGUCCCCCUAAAAUGAAGUUUACUUGUGAAAUGUUUCAUCCUAAUAUUUUCGCUGAUGGCCGUGUUUGCAUAUCAAUAUUACAUGCUCCUGGUGAUGAUCCCAUGGGUUAUGAAUCAUCGGCUGAACGUUGGAGUCCUGUACAAAGUGUAGAAAAGAUAUUACUCAGUGUUGUUUCAAUGUUGGCUGAACCCAACGAUGAAUCCGGUGCUAAUGUUGACGCAGCUAUAAUGUGGCGUGAAAAACGUGAAGAAUUCAAUCAAAUCGCCAAACGUUUAGUCCGUAAGACUUUGGGUUUACCAUCAUAAGAAUUUCGUUUUUUCCCCAUUAAAUUUUAGGCAAACAAAACAAAAAAACAUCAUACAAAAGCAACAACAGCAACAAAAAUUUAGAAAAAUCAAUGAAAACAAAUAACAAAAAUUGCCUCUCUCUUUCUUACAAUCUUUAAAUUUAAAAUUCUUUAAAUCAAAUUACUCCUUUUUUCAUUAUUGUUGAAAUUUUACUAAACUCUCCCACAGCAGCUUUAAAAGUGUUUUUUUUUUAUUUGUAUUUAAAUUAAAUAUAUAUUUUUUUUUGUUCUCAUGUGUAUUUGAAACCAAAAUUAGCAAAACCUUACUAUUUUUAAUUUAAUGAUGAACUUACAUAUAUUUUUUUUUUUAACAAAACAAGAAAAUUUAGUAAAUAUUAUUAAAUAAGUUAAAUACAACAAAAGAAAUAUAAUAAAAUAAAUUCAA